UAACAGAGGAACGAUUGGUUUCCCAGUAUAUCCGUCAGCAACAGUCAGGUCAACUGUCCCGUCCUGAAACAAAGCCGGUCCAUUCCUCUCGAGAGUAAAGACGACGAUCACAAUAGUGAUUACUUCUUAUUGUGAUUUUAGUCGCAACGUAUGCCUCGGGUUUCAAUUUGCUCUUUCAUUCCUUAAGAAGUUUAACACUUCUUGUGCUUUUUUACGUCGUUUUUAAAGUUAUCCGUAUGGACACUAAAGUGGAAGAAACAGACAAACUGCAACAAGACGUGACAAGUCAAUUGAUGCCAGAUGCAGAGAAAAAACAGUUUAUAUCACCAGUAUUUCGCCAGAUCGCUUCUGCUGUAGCAGUUGGCUCAGCAGGUUGUGUCUUCGGAAUAGUCAUAGCAUUUUCAUCAGUAGCUUUAGGAAACUGGAAGAUCGAGGGAGGCGUUAGCCUAAAUGAAGAGCAAAUUAAUUGGUUUGCAAUCGUCGUUCAGCUAGUGUCGAUUCCCGGGUCGGUGGUGGGUGGUGGCCUCGUGCAGCUCUUGGGUGCUCGACGUCUGUUGAUCCUAAUCCUUCCCCCACUCGCUCUGACAUGGCCUAUAUUACUUCUGUCGAGGGACUCUCCCACGGCUAUGAUCAUUCUCAGAGCCAUACAGGGACUCUUGACUGCUGGCGGAUCUAUCUGUGUUUACGUGUACCCAUGCGAAGUGAGUGAACCGAAAAGAAGGGGACUCCUGGGGGCUGUGCCGGAGGCUGCCUUUUCCCUGGGAUUCCUCCUCACUUACUUCAUGGGUGGAGUCUUCCACUGGACAACGGUUGUCCUCAUCAUUCCGUUUAUCUUCGUUCCAUGCAUGAUUUUUCUGCUGAUGGUGCCAGAGUCUCCUACGAAGUUAAUUCAGCAGGGUAGAAUUGAAGAAGCCAAAUACACUUUAAAAAGUCUCCGAGCUCCCGACCACGAUGUUGACAUGGAAGUGAUGGAGAUGCAGAAUGUCUUUUCGUCAAGCAAUCAUUGUGAAGAAGGGCGUUGCCAAGAUAUUCGAAGUCUUUCUAAACUAAACGCCUUACUGCCAGUGGCUGUGUCGACUACUUUACUUGUCCUGAAAGAGUGCACGGGACAGCUUGUUCUUGCUUUAUUCGUUGUCCAGAUUUUCCAAAAUGCAAAUGCUGAAAUUUCACCCUACCAUGGCUCUGUGAUUGUUGGAAGUGUUCGUUUCCUUUCAAAUAUCGUGGGUGCUUUCCUCCUUGGUCGUCUCCCACGAAAGAAAAUAAUAAUUAUUGCCUCUCUAGUUGCUGGUGUAUCUGUUGCCCUGUUAGGAUGCCACUUUUAUGGACAUGAAAAUGAGAGCAAAGUAGCCUGGGCUCCUCUUUUAUAUUUGGCAGUGUUCACAUUAGCAUUUGGCAUAGGCAUCGGCCCCACAAGCUACCUGAUUGCCACAGAAUUACUGCCCAGUUCAGUUCGAGGCACAGGAAGCGGAAUUGCUGGAGCCGCAACUUUUGCAGCACAAUUCUUCAUCACUUUCCUUGCAGCACAAACAUCAGCCUUAAACCUCUACAUAUCCUUCUGGGGAUAUGCAGCUGGGUGCCUGACUUUAGUCACAUUUGUCCUUUUGUUACCUGAGACCCAAGGACUGACUUUGCAAGAGGUGGAGAAUUUUUGGUCUAAGGUAGCGACAAAUAUCCAUUGUCCCGAACGUAAAAAGCCGCUCAAAGAACAAAACAAUAACGAAGAUAAUGCAGGUUGUAAUGCCAACAUGGACAGCACGAGUUCAUCUCAUAACGAUCGAGUUUUUGGAAGAGUUGUUACUAUGGUGGACCUUGGAAACAGAAAAGAAAUUGUAGACACAGUUUAGGAUAAUAUUUCAUUCAUCAUUGAAAUAUACGUAUCAUCAUUAUCAUCAUCAUAACAUUUUUACACGAGAUUUAUUUUCCUAUUACAGCGUUGAACGCGUAAUGGGUUCUCUCCACUGUUCUAUCUUUUGCACUAGCCAUGAAUCUCAUCAUUUUAAAAUCACACCUUCGCAGAAACCCCUCCUUUUCUUUUGUAAGUGCAUCAGUUAGCCUAUAGACGUCUGCAUACCAGCAAUAAGUACUUUUCUGAAAACCCCACAAACUCAGCCACUCUGUACACCUACGCACUGCGCCACUCAUCUGUUCAUCUGUAUAUGUCGCGCGCUCUAACUUCCUGGAGAUUACAAACCUGUCCAUCACCAGUUCAGACCCUUCCUAGUCUGACUUUCCUCUCUCCCCUCAAAACUAUCAGAUUUUUACACACUUCGUGGGCAAACAUUGAUCUGUCUGCCUUUCACCUGCGCUAAUAUUUCUUUUCGCGUCAUAUAUCCACAUUUUUCACUCAAAUCUUUCUUCACAAUAUAUAUGCAUAUCAUAUAUAUAUAUAUAUAUAUAUAUAUAUAUAUAUAUAUAUAUAUAUAUAUAUAUAUAUUGUGAGAAGCAAAGGGAGGGCAUAUAUUAUCAGAUAUAACUUCUUCCAAUAAUAAUGUAUAAGUAUAAGAGGAUAUUGAUAUAUAGUUCUAUAUGUGAUAUAAAAUGUAAGCCAGUUUUUGUUACAUAGUUUCUUUUAUUUUUCUUGUAAGCGCGAAGAAUUUAUUGAGAGUUAGAAACAUGUAUAUCUCUAUUUUUUUAUAAAUAAAAGACAA